GCUGCCGGGGCGCGGGCGUGUGCGCCGCCGCUGGGGAGCCGGCGCCGAGCCCGCGAUGGAAUAAUGCCCAGCCGCCCGCCCGGUCCCGGUCAUUUCUGAUGUGACGGCUGAGACAUGAGAUCUUCAGCCUCCAGGCUCUCCAGUUUUUCGUCGAGAGAUUCACUAUGGAAUCGGAUGCCGGACCAGAUCUCCGUGUCCGAGUUCAUCGCCGAGACCACCGAGGACUACAACUCGCCCACCACGUCCAGCUUCACCACGCGGCUGCACAACUGCAGGAACACAGUCACGCUGCUGGAGGAGGCUUUAGACCAAGAUAGAACAGCCCUGCAGAAAGUGAAGAAGUCUGUAAAAGCAAUAUAUAAUUCUGGACAAGAUCAUGUUCAAAAUGAAGAAAACUAUGCCCAAAUUCUUGAUAAGUUUGGGAGUAAUUUUUUAAGCCGCGACAACCCUGAUCUUGGCACCGCUUUUGUCAAGUUUUCAACUCUGACAAAGGAAUUGUCCACACUGCUGAAAAAUCUGCUCCAGGGCUUGAGCCACAAUGUGAUCUUCACCUUGGAUUCCCUGUUAAAAGGAGACCUAAAGGGAGUCAAAGGAGAUCUCAAGAAGCCGUUUGAUAAAGCCUGGAAGGAUUAUGAGACAAAGUUUACAAAAAUUGAGAAGGAGAAAAGGGAGCACGCAAAGCAGCACGGCAUGAUCCGCACGGAGAUAACAGGAGCCGAGAUCGCAGAGGAAAUGGAGAAGGAACGGCGUCUGUUUCAGCUGCAGAUGUGCGAAUAUCUAAUUAAAGUUAAUGAAAUCAAGACCAAAAAGGGUGUGGAUCUGCUACAGAAUCUUAUCAAAUAUUAUCAUGCACAAUGCAAUUUCUUCCAGGAUGGCUUGAAAAUAGCUGAUAAACUGAAACAGUACACUGAAAAAUUGGCUGCUGACUUAUAUAAUAUAAAACAGACGCAGGAUGAAGAAAAGAAACAGUUAACUGCACUCCGAGACUUAAUAAAAUCAUCUCUUCAACUUGAUCAGAAAGAGGAUUCCCAGAGCCGGCAAGGAGGUUACAGCAUGCACCAGCUCCAGGGAAACAAGGAAUAUGGCAGUGAGAAGAAGGGCUACCUACUGAAGAAGAGUGAUGGGAUCCGGAAAGUGUGGCAGAGAAGGAAAUGUGUUGUCAAGAAUGGAAUUCUGACCAUCUCACAUGCUACAUCCAACAGGCAACCGGCUAAGGUGAACCUUCUCACCUGCCAAGUGAAACCAAAUGCUGAGGACAAGAAGUCUUUUGACCUGAUAUCACAUAAUAGAACGUAUCACUUUCAGGCAGAAGAUGAACAGGAUUAUGUAGCGUGGGUAUCAGUAUUGACAAAUAGCAAGGAAGAGGCCCUAACCAUGGCCUUCCGGGGAGAGCAGAGCACAGGAGAGAACAGCUUGGAGGACCUGACCAAGGCCAUUAUCGAGGAUGUGCAGCGGAUUCCUGGGAAUGAUGUCUGCUGCGACUGUGGCUCUUCAGAACCCACCUGGCUUUCAACCAACUUGGGUAUUUUGACCUGUAUAGAAUGUUCCGGCAUCCAUAGAGAAAUGGGGGUUCAUAUUUCUCGCAUUCAGUCUUUGGAGCUAGACAAAUUAGGCACUUCUGAACUCUUGCUGGCCAAGAAUGUGGGGAACAAUAGUUUUAAUGAUAUUAUGGAAGCAAAUUUACCCAGUCCCUCACCUAAACCCACCCCUUCCAGUGAUAUGACUGUUCGGAAGGAAUAUAUCACUGCAAAAUAUGUAGAUCAUAGGUUUUCAAGGAAGACCUGCUCAUCAGCAGCAGCUAAACUGAAUGAAUUGCUUGAGGCUAUCAAAUCCAGGGAUUUACUUGCACUAAUUCAAGUCUAUGCAGAAGGAGUUGAGCUCAUGGAACCACUCCUGGAAUCAGGACAGGAACUUGGGGAGACAGCCCUUCAUCUUGCAGUCCGAACUGCCGACCAGACAUCUCUCCAUUUAGUUGACUUUCUUGUACAAAACUGUGGGAACCUGGACAAGCAGACGGCCCUGGGGAACACAGUCCUCCACUACUGUAGUCUCUAUGGUAAACCUGAGUGUCUGAAGCUGCUUCUCAGGAGCAAGCCCACCAUGGACAUCGUGAACCAGGCUGGAGAAACUGCCUUGGACAUAGCAAAGAGACUAAAAGCUACCCAAUGCGAAGAUCUGCUUUCCCAAGCUAAGUCUGGAAAAAUCAAUCCACAUGUCCAUGUGGAAUAUGAAUGGAAUCUUCGACAGGAGGAGAUGGAUGAAAGUGAUGAUGAUCUGGACGACAAACCAAGCCCUGUCAAGAAAGAGCGCUCACCCAGGCCACAGAGCUUCUGCCACUCCUCCAGCAUCUCCCCACAAGACAAGCUGACGCUGUCGGGCUUCAGCACUCCCAGGGACAAGCAGCGGCUCUCCUACGGAGCCUUCACCAACCAGAUCUUCGUGUCCACUAGCACAGAUUCACCCACAUCACCAACCGCGGAGGCGCCCCCUCUGCCUCCUAGAAACGCCGGGAAAGGUCCAACUGGCCCACCUUCAACACUCCCUCUAAGCACCCAGACCUCUAGUGGCAGCUCCACCCUAUCCAAGAAGAGGCCUCCUCCCCCACCACCCGGACACAAGAGAACCCUGUCCGACCCUCCCAGCCCACUACCUCAUGGGCCCCCAAACAAAGGCGCAGUUCCUUGGGGAAACGAUGUGGGCUCCUCAUCUUCAAGUAAGACUGCAAACAAGUUUGAAGGGCUCUCUCAGCAGUCGAGCGCCAGUUCUGCAAAGACUGCCCUUGGCCCAAGAGUUCUUCCUAAACUACCUCAGAAAGUGGCACUAAGGAAAACGGAAACCAGCCAUCAUCUGUCCCUAGACAAAGCCGGUGUCCCGCCUGAAAUCUUUCAGAAAUCAUCACAGUUGGCAGAGCUGCCACAAAAGCCACCAUCUGUAGACCUGUCCCCGAAGCCAACAGAACUGGCUCCCAGGCCCCAAAUUUCAGAUCUGCCACCUAAGCCCGGAGAGCUACCCCCCAAGCCCCAGCUGGGUGACCUGCCCCCGAAGCCCCAGCUCUCAGACUUGCCUCCUAAGCCACAGAUGAAGGACCUGCCCCCCAAACCGCAGCUAGGAGACCUGCUGGCCAAGUCCCAGCCUGGAGAUGUCGCGCCCAAGCCGCCGGAGGUCACACAGAAGGCGCACCCAGAUCUCUCCCCAAAUGUGCAUCCCAAGGACGCCAUCCAGAAGCAGGCCUCCGAAGACUCCAAUGACCUCAUCACACCCACUCUGCCAGAGACGCCGAUACCACUGCCCAGAAAAAUCAACACGGGGAAAAAUAAAGUGAGGCGCGUGAAGACCAUUUACGACUGCCAGGCAGACAACGAUGACGAGCUCACGUUCAUCGAGGGAGAGGUGAUCAUCGUCACAGGGGAAGAGGACCAGGAGUGGUGGAUUGGGCACAUCGAGGGACAGCCUGAAAGGAAGGGGGUCUUUCCAGUGUCCUUUGUCCACAUCCUGUCCGACUAGCAGAAAGCUGACCCGUGAGAUCGUCCACCUCCUUCCUGCGAGACUGCUGCCUCCUUGUAAUGAGUCCUGUGCACAACGUGUAUAUAGCUGCUGUUACAGGGUCAGAAACUCGUGGAAGGGCACCUCGGGAGGGAAAUAGACUAUGUGUUGUAAAUACCCUGUGGUCUUCUUCCUUCGCCAGUGGUAGGGUAGCCUUGGGACCCAGCGCGCCUUACUGGUUUGCCAAAGCCAUCCUUGGCAUCUAGCACUUACAUCUCUCUCUCUGUGCUGUUUUCCAUGCAAACAACAAGAAUAUAGGAACUGCUGGCUUUGCAAGUAGAAAUCGUUUCCAGCAACCGUUGAAGGGCAUAGAAUUAACUCUCUGUUCCUAACAAUGCAGUAUUCUCUGUUGUGUUACUGAAAAUGCAACAUUAGCGAAGAGGUGGGUUCUGUUCUCCAGGUGAAACUCUCGGCUCCGUGACAGACCAGCCUGUAGUUAACCUAUCUGUGUACACAGUUUACAGCUACAAAAACCUACUGUGGUAUUUAUUACAGAAAAGUGCUCAGUUACAUGUAAGUGUUACUCCUUCAGUGAAAUACUCACCGACUGACCCAACACUCUUUGUGGCAUUUUAAAUGCACACAGCCUCAUACAGGUUUAGAUGAGUGGAUUUAUACUGUCUUAUGAUGAUGAGUGCCCGCCCCUGAGAUAUUACCUCAUUAUGCAAAAAUAACAUAUCCUUCAUGUCUAUUUUGACAAAAAGUUUAAAACACACCUGAUUAAGUUCGACUUUCAGGAACCAAGGACCACCAAAAAAUACUAGCCUCUCCAUUAUGCAUGCAUCUAGAAGCUUACCUGAAAUCUGCCUUUUAUAAAGGAAUAGUAUGGAUAAGUGGAACUGUACAUUUUUCUAAACUUGAUUGCCAUUAAAGCAGAAAUUAUAAGGUUGCAACAAUACUCGUUUCUGGUCAGUCAUUCGGCCUUCUCCCGAGUGUGGAUUGGCAGCCUCGUUGAGCGUGUCAAAGCAUCCAGUGUGCCCAUUUUCAGUCCUUUUUCUCAGUUUUGUUCUUGGAGAAACAUCAACUCUUAAAAGGUCAUUCACGUGGAGAACUUUAGCAUCAGAGUCAGUUCCCCGCCACAGAGUCCGGGUGCCGAAAUCAAGCUUGCUUUCCAUGCUCUCGCUCUCGCUCUCGCCCGGUCGUAGGUGAGUUUUCCAGCGUUCAGCUCUCCUGUACACACGUCACCGCCCAGCCCAUUCCUCACCAGGGCUCUGAUCGCUGCUGUGAGUUGCGCUCUCCCUGCCAGGAGUCCCUCCCCUCCCUGUUCUCUCUUCAGCCCAGCCUUGUUUGUCAUCAGACCAUUAAGACCCUUGUGAGCAUCCCGGGCCGCGCUUCAUCCAGAUUUGGGGAAAGAACGGGAGAGCUGUACCCUGCGGCCUGUGGGACCACAUUACAUCGGCUUCAGCUGCUCUUUUGGCAACAGCACAGAAGACUAGUAUUUUUAAGCAGAUGAUCUUGGCAUUGAAGGAGAAAUGUUCAUUUCACAGAAGCACAACUCCCAACCACACCCUUAGGAGAAGCCCUCUGUCAUCCAGAGUCAAGUGCUCAGUGAAUUAUCAAUUUAGUUCUGCGUAAGUGGUUACUAUGAAAACUGAAUACUCACCUCCUCAUAACGAAACCUUGCAUGACAAACCUGCAGAAUAUUUUAUCAGCUGUUACUGGUAGAUGACUUUGAGCAAUUGCUUCCUCAGUGUCAGGGCACGUGUGCAUUGCCACAGCAGACCGAGAGCACGGGCUCGCAGCCACACGCACGUCUGGGACUGGCGACAUCUCAGCCACACUGGUGUCAGGACAGGAAGUCCGCAUCCAAAGUUGCUCAGUGUCCCAGUUCACCCAUUCACAUGAUUGAAGAGCUGUUCUUCUGUGGCCUGAUCUCAAACAGGUGUUUUUUUUUUUAAAGCAAAAGUUACACGUCUAAAUGACACAGUGUCAAUAUCCUUUUUUUUUUUCCAGCUUACACACAUGCAUUGUUUUAACUUUUUGAAAUUUUUUUGGCUGGUUUUGUCUUUGUUUUCCAUCAGGAAUUUGAGUUCUCUCUAGUCCAGUUUACUGUGGGACAUAGGAAAAAUAGAAAUACCUUCGGCAAUCUUGUUGAGUUGAAAUCUGAUCUUGUUCUUAAACUCAGUGAGCCACUAUCUGCAAUUUUGUACAUGAUAUAGUAUUUUGAAGGUAUGAAACCUUACAAAGAAAAUAGCAAAUUAGUUGUUUCCUUCAGAAGGGCAAGUUCUAUUCUGCAAAUAGUAUGUGUCUUGUUUGACUGUUGAACAGCAAUUGCUAUUUAUUUUUUUAAUGCCUAGAACUUCAACAUGUUGUACAGGAACCCGUAGUGCCACUAGUGAAAGCCCGAGUUCUCAUCUGGAUGUGACCACCAAGCGUCAGUACACUUGUCAUUUCACAUGUAUUUAAUGUGAGUUUUUCAGUACUGUAUGUGUUCAUUUCUACCUUUUUUAAUAUUUAAAAUUGCUUUUAAAUAAACAUAUUCUCAGUUGAUCCCAAAUAUCUGAA